UGGCUCCAAAUCUUAUCUAAUUUGUUUGUAGGGUGGGAGACAUGAAGCAAUCAAGCUGUCUUGGAACUGCUUUUCAAUCUUGUCAGAAGGUACCACUAGGUCCGUCCAUGUAUCAGUCAAGAGUUCUUCCACAGGAUUUGAUAAACACGCUACCAGAAGCUUGCAUAGCUGAAAUAUUCAGACAUCUGGAAAACUGUAAAGAUCGGGAAUCAUGCGCCUCUGUCUGUUGGAGAUGGGCCGACAUAUUGGUCUCUCAGCGACCAGACUUUUGGAGCCCCUUCAGUGUUCAUCAAGCUGUUCACCGUUGCUUGCACCUGUCUGAUGUUGAUGAUGCCAAGCUUGUGGCAGCUGUUGUUGGCAUACACUCAAGGGAUGUAGUGACUGAUCUUGAUCUUCGUAAUGGACCAUGCGAGGCUGUUUUUGCUGGUGGUCCUCAGCUCACUGAUAGUGCUAUUUGUUUUGUAACCACUGCAUGCCGUAACCUGAAGUCGGUUUGUCUCGUCAACUGCUUAUCUCUCACGAACAAAGCUGCAUGGAUCAUUGCUUCAAACUGCCCUGCAUUAGAAAAUCUCAUGAUUUUACAGUCUUCAAUCAGUGACGAUGAUCUUUCACAGGUUGCUAAGCAAUGCAGAAACUUAAAGUCCCUCCGUAUCGAAAGGAGCUUGUCCAUCACUGAGGCAUCACUAAGAGCCCUAGUGCAGGAUGCCAAGAGACUUGAGUCUCUUGCUCUGGGAAGCUGUCCUCAAAUUCGAGAAGACGCCAUCUUGUCCUUACUGAUGAACCAACUUUAUCUAGACAAGCUUGAGCUCAAGUGCAUGAUGGCUGGAGAGUCACAUUGGAUUGGUGCAAGACAAUCAUCAGCACUCAAUAGGCAUUUUCGCUUGUUUCGCCAGCUCUCUAGUCUCAUCCUGGUGAAGUGCCCAGGUUUACAGGACCUGGGCAUGCUUAAGUUUGCUAGAAUUCACUUUCGAGUGCUACGGCAUUUGGUGAUUGAUGACUGCAGAGGAGUGACAGACCGGGGCCUGAUGUGGCUGGUGGGUGAUGCCAUGAAUCCCAUGAAGCUUAAGACCAUCAAACUUGCCAGGUUCCACUUUUUUACAGCUGCAGCUGCAAUGAAAGUAAUGUCCUUGGUCUGCGGAACAAUUGAAUCAAUAAUUCUGGAUUCAUGAGAUUUUGACAUAAUGACGCCACUCCAUCUUG